UAGUUGGGCAGAGUGUAGUGUGUAUACUCUCAGUCCAAAUGGCUUUCUUUUACUACCUUUCUUGUUCCAAACUAGCUUUACUUGUUCUGCUCUGCUUCACUACCUCUCUGCUUCAUUGCAGUGCCCACUCUGACCACCAUGGCCAUCAUCCUCACUUUGCCUCUUACAAUUACAGAGAUGCUCUCACCAAAUCCAUUCUUUUCUUUGAGGGUCAGAGGUCAGGCAAGCUCCCUCCUAACCAGAGAAUCACUUGGCGUAGAAACUCUGCUCUUUCAGAUGGCUCCGCAUUGCAUGUUGAUUUGGUUGGGGGAUAUUAUGACGCAGGGGACAAUGUGAAGUUUGGGUUCCCAAUGGCAUUCACUACCACAAUGCUAUCAUGGAGUGUGAUUGAAUUUGGUGGACUGAUGAAAGGAGAACUCCAGAAUGCAAGACAAGCCAUUCGCUGGGCCACUAACUAUCUUCUCAAAGCCACUGCCUAUCCAGACACCAUAUUUGUUCAGGUGGGGGAAGCAGGAAGUGACCAUGCUUGCUGGGAGAGACCUGAGGAUAUGGACACCCCAAGAAGUGUAUUCAAGAUUGACAAAAACACUCCAGGGACUGAAGUAGCUGCAGAGACCGCUGCUGCUCUUUCUGCUGCUUCUUUAGUCUUCAGAAAAAGCGAUCCCACUUACUCCAACCUCCUUGUGAGGAGGGCCAUCAGGGUGUUCGAAUUUGCGGACAAGUACAGAGGUUCCUAUAGCGAUGGAUUAAAGAAUAUCGUGUGCCCCUUUUAUUGCUCCUAUUCAGGAUACCAGGACGAGCUGUUAUGGGGUGCUGCUUGGUUACAUCGAGCCACGAAGAACUCUUUUUACCUAAAUUAUAUCCAAAGAAACGGGCAAAACCUUGGGGCCGACCAGAGUGAUAACACAUUUUGUUGGGACAACAAGCAUGUUGGAGCAAGGAUUCUUCUUUCCAAGGCAUUUCUUGUUCAAAAGCUCCAAUCUCUCCAUGAUUACAAGAGUCACGCAGACAACUACAUUUGCUCCGUCGUCCCAGGGACACCCAUGUCUCAAGCACAAUAUACUCCAGGAGGGCUACUCUUUACUAUGAGUGACAGCAACAUGCAAUAUGUGACGUCAACCUCUUUUCUGCUGGUAACCUAUGCCAAGUACUUGACCUCUGCUCAUCUGGCUGUCAAUUGUGGUGGCGUUCUUGUCACGCCAAAAAUGCUACGAAAUCUUGCCAAAAAGCAGGUGGACUAUCUGUUGGGAGAUAAUCCAUUAAAAAUGUCAUAUAUGGUGGGAUAUGGGACUAGGUACCCGCAGAGGAUUCACCAUCGGGGAUCGUCUUUGCCAUCUAUGGUGGUGCACCCAACAAAAAUACAAUGCUCGUCGGGGUUCAGCAUGUAUAAUUCUCAGAAUCCAAACCCAAAUAUUCUGGUAGGAGCCGUGGUUGGUGGACCGGAUCAGCAUGAUAACUUUCCAGACCAGCGCUCAGAUUAUGAGCAAUCGGAGCCAGCCACUUAUAUUAAUGCCCCGCUGGUUGGAUCGCUGGCUUACCUCGCGCACUCGUUCGGCCAGCUCUAGGAGUAUCAGCCACAAAUCUGUUAGCCAUUGGACUACGGACCUGGUUACAGGGAUCUCCUAGUAUCAGAAGAGUAGAAUGAAGUCAUUUUAGCCUUCUAGAUUAUAGCGGCUAUUGGCAUGGCGUUGGUGAUGUGUGACUGUAUUGGUAGAGAGAGCCAAAACAGGCUCGAGAUUCCAAAAGCCCCACCUCAUGUUUAUUGUGCACUCGCAUGCUAUAAACAGCCUAAUUAAAGAUAUUUGUUUGUCCUUUUUAUUUUGUUCUUUUGUUGAUCCAAUUCCAAGAUUUUAACUUUGAUA